AAUUUAAUUUUUUUUUUCUGGCAAGUAUAAUUUACGUCACAAAGUUGGGUUUUUACUUGCGUUCAUUAAAGUUUUAUUUAUUUAACUAAAAAAAGAUCAUUUCUUAGAAAUGGCAAACAAAUUAAGUGCAAAAUUUUUGGAAAUCUUUCGCAACAUUAAAUCGGAUGCAGAACCCCGUCCACCGCGAAAGGGUGGUAUGAGUAAUGCUGCAUCAGAAGCUGAUAAUGAAAAUGAAGAUUCUAAUCAGGAAAAUAUAUUUGUUAAACAAAACAAGAAAAAAUCGAAGCCAAAUUAUCAAAAAUCUUUCUCAACGCCUUCUAAAGAGAGCUCUGAUUUCCCCGAAGAAGAAGAAUUUCGACGAAGGAGUACUGCAAGCACCGUUCAUACUCAAGCAAGUGGCAAUGUUAUUAACAUUGUAAACUCCACUAAAGUGCACUGUGGAAAUGAAAUCAUCUAUUACAUGGGACCAGUUCAUGGUAAUCCAGGCCGACCGAAAAAAUAUCAACCUGAAGAUGACGAAGAAGAGACUGUACAAAAAACUAACGUUAUUAUUUUACUACUGGAGAGUGAUCAAAAGCCUGAACAUGACUACAUAGAUUAUAUAUCGAAGCAUUUAGGUGAAAAUUGGCAAAGAUUCUUCAGAAAAUUGGGCUAUUCACAAGGACAGAUAGAAACUGUAGAAUACGACAACGCUAAACUUGGAGUGGCUGAAGCUCGUUACAAACUUCUUUUGGAUUGGAUAAGGAAUGAUGUCGAUGGAACAUUAGGUAAGUUGGCAAAUUUAUUGUGGACAGAAGGAGAAAGGCAAAUUGUCAAGGAGUUAGCUGCCAUGUACACCAAAAGUAGCAAAUAGCAAAUAAAGAAAAUAAUCAUUUGACAUUACCUCUUAAUCGUUUUGACAAAUGUAAGCAAAUGUAAUUAUUUUUUGAAAAACAUUUUUAUAGUUUUAAGAAACAAAUUUUGUAGCAAGGGCUAGUCGUAGCUGUUGUAUUUAUAAAUGAAUUAUUUUAAUGUUUAUUAUGUUUGUACUCUUCAGAAUAUAAA